UUAAUUGAAAAGCAUCCUUGACUCAAGGAGCCAGGAUCUGUUUCAGGGUACGAUGGAUGGCUGUCAAGACUUAAAAACAAAAUGGCCAGCUACCGGAAAAAAUUAAAAUAUCUUGGAUGCCCAGAGUUGGCUGUCAACUCAUCACAACACAAGAGGCCCGCUGCUGUCAAAAAACCACGCAGAGCUGAACUAAACUACCUCCCCCCACACCCACCUGGAGAAACAACCCAGAAUCUUGAGAAAAUCCGUGUAGAACUUCUUAGGGAGGUCAACAUUAGGAAUAAUUGGAAGAUCGUUAAUGAGAUGAUGGCUAGAACUUUUUCAAGUCGGAGGAAGGAAAUAGUUGAGGACAGCCCAGCCAUAGAGCAGCUGGUGAAAAGAUGGCCUGCAUUAUUUCAUAGCACUCAGAUCGAAGAAGAAUUCAAAAGACUGACUGCUGUUGAUCUGGAGUCAACAUUUAUAGGAAACUUGGACAAUUACACGGAGAAGCUCCUCUGUUUGUUUCGCACAAAGGGAGGAAGUGCUGGGUGCAAAAUCCGUAAUUUUAUGAAAUUGCUGGACCAGGAUGAUGGCGUGGACAAGCGUAGAGAGGUAGUGAUAUGCUGCUUGAUUGUGUACCUCUCUGAAAAUGCUCAGCAUCUCAUUGCACAUUACACGGACAUCCGUGGUGAAAUAAGCCAAGAUGACCUCGCACAGCACACACUGAAGAUUGCCAUCCGCCGAGCCCCCUUUUGUGACAGUCCUUUAGAGGCAGGAAUAGUCUUGGAAGGUGUUCAGGUCCUGUCAGGAUUGUCAGGUGUUGCAAAGGCCUGUGUUGCCCUAUUUGGCCUGAUGUAUGCUGUGAACCUGAGUUACCCUAAAACACUUAGAUAUACAUUUGAAUUUUUCCAGAAAAUUCUGCUUGAGCUAGACAGUGAAAAACUUUCACCAUAG